CACACACACUCCCAUCGCCUCUCCCUUCUUUACUCCCCAUUUGUCUCGUGCACUCUCCGAUGCUGGUGGUGAACAGCAGGACACUCUCGACUGAGCUGCAUGGAGGCACAGGGAGGGGCAGGGAGCCCAGAGCCCAAUAAAGACAUCCAGAAGCUGCUGAAGCCCUCCAGCUCAGGAGACCUGUCGAAGGAGCUGUUCCAGCACUCGUCCGGGGAGGAGGAGGGCAGCCUGUCGGGCCACACCGCCAGCCUGCUGCACAUCAGCGAGAAGAGACAACCACUGAGCAGUGUGUCUUCAUUAGAAGUGCACUUUGACCUCCUGGAUCUGACCGAGCUGACCGACAUGUCCGACCAGGAACUGGCAGAAGUUUUCGCAGAUUCUGACGAAGAAAUCCACAAUGAAUCUCCUGCAGGUUCUCACCAUCCCGUGCUGCCCAGAGGCGGCUACAUGCGCUCCCCCUCGUGGACACGCUGCAGCAGAGUGGAGCCUCCGCGAGAGAGAAAGCACCACAGUGACUCAGACACCGCAGAGCCUUUAAUGAAGCUGGAAAGGCCAAAACAGCCGUGAUGUCCGGCGGGAAAAGAGAGAGAAAACCCAGAGACGUACACACAGCCCCAGAGUGGAAACACAACACGGACCAAACGGCCUCCAUCUGCCACCGUGCACUCACACAACGUUUCAUGGUGCUGAAGUUCAGGAUGAACUCUGGACUCUGAAGAUGCUGAGAUGUGCAAUAUACAGACCAACACUCCUCCCCUCCCAUGUCCUCUUAAUCUCUCUCUCUCUCUCUCUCUCUCUCUCUCUCUCACACACACACACACACACACGCACAUUCAGUCAUGGUGUUUUUCAUGCAAAGGGUUCUCGGUGAACUUUGAGCUGCCACAACAUUUUGAAUUUCAUGUUUUGUUGGUUGACAGACAGGGUUUGAGGAUAACUGCACCUUCCUUCUUGCAGCCUCUCGGGGCGGGCCUGCAGUGCAGUCAGACCGGCUCCACACAGUCGCGUCCACCGCGUGACGCCACAAUGAAACGACAUUAAAACUGCAGAGAAAUUUUCAACACACUUAUUGACUCUUGUUGUGUUGCUUAAAUCAUGUGACAGGGUUUUCUGCUGCUUCUAGAGUGAGGCGACAUGAACGUGGUUUCAGGGAGGCGCCGCCUGAUGGAGCACCCCUCCAUCUGAAUGCAGAACGU